CCACGGAUCCGCUUUAAAUCACACAACGCAGCGAAGCCCGAGUUCGGUCCCCUGACGAGCUAUACGCAUCCUUCCAUUUCUCAAAUUAGUCACCUUAAGCUUCGAGAUACCGCCCCCAAUUUCAGUGUCGGUACGGAGCCGCCAGGCCGGGACAGAGACGGAGAGAGAGCCCUCGGCCAUGGAAGCGCUCGGACCCGGCCCGCCUGCUCCUACCUCCCUUUUCCAGCCUCCUCGCCGGCCCGGCUUGGGCACGGUGGGAAAGCCGAUUCGCCUGCUGGCCAAUCACUUCCAGGUGCAAAUCCCCAAGAUUGACGUCUACCAUUAUGACAUCGAAAUUAAGCCAGAAAAACGGCCUCGAAGGGUCAAUAGAGAGGUGGUGGAUACAAUGGUUAGACACUUCAAGAUGCAGAUCUUUGGGGAUCGACAACCUGGAUAUGAUGGAAAACGGAACAUGUACACGGCUCACCCGCUGCCCAUUGGGAGAGACAGAGUGGAUCUGGAGGUGACUCUACCUGGUGAGGGGAAAGACCAAACCUUCAAAGUGUCUCUGCAGUGGGUGUCGGUGGUCAGUCUGCAGAUGCUGCUGGAGGCUUUGUCGGGUCACCUGAACGAGGUCCCUGAGGACUCCGUCCAGGCCCUGGAUGUCAUCACACGCCAUCUUCCUUCCAUGAGGUACACUCCUGUAGGCCGCUCUUUCUUCUCUCCCCCAGAAGGUUACUACCACCCACUGGGAGGAGGCAGAGAAGUGUGGUUUGGGUUCCACCAAUCCGUCCGUCCAGCCAUGUGGAACAUGAUGCUCAACAUCGAUGUUUCAGCCACUGCAUUCUACCGUGCCCAGCCAGUGAUUGAGUUCAUGUGUGAGGUUCUAGACAUCCAAAACAUCAAUGAGCAGACCAAACCCCUAACAGAUUCUCAACGUGUCAAGUUCACCAAGGAGAUUCGAGGACUGAAAGUGGAGGUCACACACUGUGGUCAGAUGAAGAGGAAGUACCGUGUGUGCAAUGUCACGCGCCGCCCAGCCAGCCACCAGACGUUUCCAUUGCAACUAGAAAAUGGACAGGCCAUGGAAUGCACUGUAGCCCAAUAUUUCAAACAGAAAUACAGCCUCCAGCUCAAAUAUCCCCACCUGCCUUGCCUUCAGGUGGGACAAGAACAAAAGCACACAUACCUACCCCUGGAGGUCUGUAACAUUGUGGCAGGCCAACGCUGCAUAAAGAAGCUGACUGAUAACCAGACCUCUACUAUGAUCAAAGCCACAGCCCGCUCAGCUCCAGACCGCCAGGAGGAGAUCAGCAGGCUGGUCAAAAGUAACAGCAUGGUAGGUGGUCCCGACCCCUACCUGAAAGAGUUCGGCAUCGUGGUGCACAACGACAUGACAGAGGUGACGGGGCGGGUCCUCCCAGCGCCCAUGCUGCAGUAUGGGGGCCGGGUGAGUACAGACACUGGGAGGGACUGUGGCAGGGGACUCUCUCCCCAGAAUAAGACGGUGGCUACACCCAACCAGGGUGUGUGGGACAUGAGGGGCAAGCAGUUCUACGCGGGCAUUGAAAUCAAGGUGUGGGCUGUGGCCUGCUUUGCCCCUCAGAAACAGUGCCGAGAGGACUUGCUCAAGAGCUUCACUGACCAGCUGCGGAAGAUCUCCAAGGAUGCAGGCAUGCCAAUUCAGGGACAGCCAUGCUUCUGCAAGUAUGCCCAGGGAGCUGACAGUGUUGAGCCCAUGUUUAAGCACCUUAAAAUGUCUUAUGUCGGUCUGCAACUCAUUGUGGUCAUCCUGCCUGGGAAAACCCCUGUCUAUGCGGAGGUGAAGCGUGUUGGAGACACACUUCUGGGCAUGGCUACUCAGUGUGUGCAGGUGAAGAAUGUAGUGAAGACCUCUCCUCAGACACUGUCCAACCUCUGCCUCAAAAUCAAUGCUAAACUGGGUGGCAUCAACAACGUUCUGGUACCGCAUCAGAGGCCCUCCGUAUUCCAGCAGCCAGUGAUCUUCCUGGGGGCUGAUGUUACUCAUCCUCCGGCAGGAGAUGGGAAGAAACCAUCCAUUGCAGCAGUAGUAGGCAGCAUGGACGGCCACCCGAGCCGCUACUGUGCCACCGUGCGGGUGCAAACAUCGCGCCAGGAUCUGUCCCAGGAGCAGCUCUACAGCCAAGAAGUCAUUCAGGAUCUCACCAAUAUGGUGCGAGAGCUGCUCAUCCAGUUCUACAAGUCUACCCGCUUCAAACCCACACGCAUCAUCUACUACCGUGGGGGUGUGUCAGAGGGGCAAAUGAAACAGGUUGCGUGGCCAGAGCUCAUAGCCAUCAGGAAAGCAUGCAUCAGUCUGGAGGAGGACUACAGGCCUGGGAUCACCUACAUUGUAGUACAGAAACGCCACCACACCCGACUCUUCUGCUCUGACAAAGCUGAGAGGGUGGGGAAGAGUGGGAAUGUUCCAGCAGGCACAACAGUGGACAGCACCAUCACACAUCCCUCAGAGUUUGACUUCUACCUGUGCAGCCAUGCUGGUAUCCAGGGCACCAGUCGCCCCUCGCACUACCAUGUACUGUGGGACGACAACUGCUUCACUGCAGACGAGUUGCAACUGCUCACCUACCAGCUGUGCCACACAUAUGUACGCUGCACACGCUCAGUGUCCAUCCCUGCGCCGGCCUACUAUGCCCGGCUUGUCGCCUUCCGUGCCCGCUAUCACUUAGUGGACAAAGAUCAUGACAGUGCCGAGGGCAGUCACGUAUCAGGCCAGAGUAACGGUCGGGACCCUCAGGCCCUGGCUAAGGCCGUCCAGAUUCACUAUGACACCCAGCACACCAUGUACUUCGCCUGACUACUUCAACCAGCAGGAGACGCACUUCUACGCUCCCUCUUCUCUCUUUCUCUUCAGUCUCUCUCAUUCUCUGUCUCUCUUGCUUUCUAUUUCUGUCUCUGUCCCUUUUUCUUCUCUCUCUGUCUAUCGUGUCUUCAUCAACACCAAAACGGUUCCAAAGCCAGCAGGCCGACCACAAGUCCAAUUCCACAUGGUCUGCCUCAGUGGAACCGCCCACCAGCAAUCCUGCACUGAGAGACCGCUGGUCUCCAAGGCACAGAGAAAAAAAAAUUGAGCCAUUUUUUUAUUUGUUUUUCAGUUUUGAAUGUCUUUUUUUUCUGAUUUAUUUUUUUUAUUUGUAAUAUACACUGAGUGUGAGCAAACCUGCGCCAUUUCGUCAGGACAGCUCUGGCUCUCUAGCUAAGCUGGACUCUGUCUACCUUUACCUCAAGCCAGUAUUGGCUGAAUCUUGUCACAUUGUCUUGGGUGGGUGGGGCUUGCAUGAAUUGAGUGGUUGUUUUAUUAUUAUAUAUAUUUUUUUUCUUUCUGUCCUUUUUACAAUCAUAUUUUAACUCUCUCUGCUCAGUCUUUUACAAACGAGGUGACCUGGGUAUCCAUACCCAUUACUCUUCUCCCCUUUUUGCAGAGAAGUGUGUAAGUGUGUAAGUGUGUAAGUGUGUAAGUGUGUAAGUGUGUAAGUGUGUAAGUGUGUAAGUGUGUAAGUGUGUAAGUGUACAUGUUUCAUGGCAGGCCACUGAAUUGUAAAGGGAAAUCAAGGAGUUAACUGCUGUAAAUGCCUCAUUUCUUUUGUUUUUUCUUUUUUUAUAGUUACACACGUAUAUAGAUAUAUAUAAAAUAUUUACUAUCUAUAUAUAAGCCUAUUUCAGUAGAUGAUUUUUACGGGCUUGCAUAAGCUGGUGGUUGUCUGUAGCAGUAACAUAUUUACCCGUGGUCUCAGCUGUGUGAGCGACCGAGUAUCAGGCCAGGGCAGCGAAGGCUUGACACUGGCGGGGUUCUGCCUGUGCCAAGGUUGUACGUCCUUGUUUGGAUGGUUAUGUGUAAGGUCCAGGGAUGUGGCCCUAGCAUUGUUUUGGGCAUAACGCCAGCCAAUCAGAGGCUGACAUUGUGAAAAGAAGGCAAAGUAAAGCUCAUAAAAUUACAGCACUCUCCCUUACCUUUUAUGCAUUUCUAUGUAAGAUUGAAAUCAGAUUUUUAAGAGUUUAAUAUAAAAACUGUUUUGUGGUUAUCUUAACUGUUAGUGUAGAAAGUCGAUGUCGUUCCUACCGUUGUUAAUGUUGUUGCUAUUAUUAUGAAUAUCAGACAGUCAGCAGCUCAGUUGCAUAACAAAUUUAUCCAGGAGUCGUUUUGAUGGUGUCGGGUGCAUCUGGUUUCGUAGCUGAACAUGUUGUAGCAUUCUUGGCCAUGGUUGGUUGUGGGGCCCAAAGUGCUUUGGUUGGUCUUCCUUUUGGCUUAUUUGUGAUUUUUAUGUGUUGGAAAUAACGAGUUAUCGUGGCAAAAACGUUUCGGAUUUGAUUUCUGCCCCCACAUGUCCCGCAGUGGCUCACUGGGGAGAUGGUGUGUCCACUGGUGGAAAAGAUGGGAUUGGUAAGGACAGUGGUAGAAGGAAGGGUGAGUGACAAUCAGGGCUCAGGGGGGAAAUUAGUGCUGGUUAGAUAGUUGGCAGUUAUUUGAAUUUUACACUUACUAUGUGUUUUUAUUACUGUUGUGCGUGUGUGUUUUGAACAUGUGUAUCUAUAUAUAAAGCCUAAACUUAUAGUAUUUACUUUGGAGAUGUAAUUGGCUAAGAGACACAAGCAUAAGCACUGCCUUUGGACCUGACAACACCUGGCUUGGUGUGGUUGAAGGACUGCAAGCCUUGCCCCGGGGUCAUGUGGUUUUGCGGGUGUCAGCAUGCAUGCCUUGUCAGGGGGCGGCUUGGCUAAAAACCCUUUUGUAAUAAACCAUCCGUAAAGCACCAGGUUUGCUAUAAAGGAGUUUGAGCUCUCGCCUGUUCAGGGCAUGACUGCUGGCUCUUUUAAGGAGGGGCGGGGGCCAAGGCAUCACUUGCAAUAAGCUGGAUAAAGGUGUUGGGCAACUUCCCAAUUUCUACUCCACGUUUCUUUUUAUAUACCGAUCCCACCUUGUACUUUAUUUGGAGCAAUUGUGUCUCACGAAGCUAGUCACUAAAACUGAUCGUGAAAGUACAAUAAUUCCAAUUUCAUAUUUUCAUUGCACAGCAAUAUUAUCCAAAUUAUGAACAAGGCAAAGCUAUAAUUCUUCUCAUUACUGUGGCUGUUGGUCUGAUAGCCUAUUGGCGUUUGUGUUUCUGUACUUUAUUUUGCUUGUAUCAAUCAGUGGGAAUGUGCAUUCGUUGGACUAGGCUCUAUGGAGAACUAUAAAUUUUAGACUUUGCUCGCCUGCAUGCUGGAGUAACGUCCUAAAUCUCUUAGAGAAUAUUUAUUGUCUCAGACAGAGGAAAAAAAUACAUUUUUGUAAAUGUUUAAUUAAUUAUUCGAGACUGUUUUUAGGGUAGCAAUAUUAACCAGUCUCUUUGGACAAGAUUUGCGAAUUCCUUCACAUAAGUCAGUAACUCCUGAGGGACAGGCUGGAUGCUGGACGGGGAUGCCGAGUCAGAUCUUGGCACGAGCUCCCAUUCAAACGAGGUACUUCGUGAUUUUUGUUUGGUUUGUUUUUUUUUGUUUUGUUUUUUGUUCUUUUUCCAAUCAGGGAGUGCCAAGACUGACCCUGUACCCCCUCUGUUUGGUUAGUGAUGUGCCACUUCACUGCUUGGCUUUAGGCCCUCUUGGCUGUUUUCUCUGUAGUACUGUGGCACUGCCUAAUUGACACCUAUUCGCACUCUCUCCACGCGUCCAGAUGCUCCAGGAUUACACAAGGAUUACCUCUUUUUAACCUUUUUACCAGUUCUCUCUCUCUCUUUCUCACACACUCUCUCUCUACCCCCCAAAAUUGAGAGCAUGAUCUUUUUUUAAUCCUCUUUGAUAUAUAAAAUUUGUUAUUGGACUAAAGUGCAUUGUAAUUUAUUUUAUUUUCUUGUGUAGUUUUUUGUGCUGUAUUUUAGUGUUCUGAGCUGUGUGACUUGUCUAAUAGCAAUAGAGGGCGCUCUUAUUAAUUUGCUAGAGCUUCCUCUGGCCUCUUCUUUCUGAGUGCCGCACAUUGGUGUAUUGCUAUGUGACAUUCCAAAAAAAAAAAAAAAAAAAUCCCGCCCUUCCUUUUUUUUUUUUUUUUUUUUUUCUUUCUUUUUUUUUUUCUUUUUAGCCUGCAGGGACUAUUCGUGUUAUUGUGCAAAGUAAUAAAUUGGUAUUUUAUGCCUAUACUGCAA